AUGAGGCUGUUAGUUGUAUCUACAAUUCUUCUUUCCGUUGUGGCCUGUGCUUCAGCCAUCAAAUGCUAUGCCUGUAACUCGUUAAUACAAAAGGAUUGUACUGAAAAAUUCGAAAAAUACAUCAUGAAAUGUGUUCCUCGUAAAUUCGGUGGCUCAACUACCUCCGUAGCUCCUAUUGGAUGUAGAAAGACUCUUCAAUAUGCCAGCGGUGAAAGUUCCGUCAUCAGAGAAUGCGCUUAUUUCGGAGAAGCUGAAGAAAAGAACCAAAAGGGCUCAUUGGGUGUUAGCCGUAAAUUCCAUCAAUGUACAGAAGAUCUCUGUAACUCUGCUACUUCUUUCAAGAUUUUGUUAGUUCCAACCGUUCUCAUUGCAUUCUACAACAUGUUAUGA